AUCGGGAAAUGUACUAGGGAGGGAGUUCUGAAGACUCGGGAAUUGGUUCCAAACUGUUGUUUUGAAACUGUCUCAUUUUUAACUUCUCUGUUCAAAUUUGAAAUCAUUGCACGCAAACGUAAACAACAAAUUCAUGCCUCACGAAAAAUAUUCAUCUGCAAUGAACACAACGCGUUCAUCCGAUUUUUGACAGCUCUCUGCGGUGAUUUAAAACCAGCAGUGUGUUCGAUACCAGUUGAACGCGAAACACGUCGUCGGCGUUGCCGAAAACUCUGAGUCAUUACGGUUUAUGAAAUUACGAGUUAAAUCAGUCUUCUUUAAAGAAACUUGUCGUGUUUAGUGAUCAAAAGGUAGUUAUUUGAUAAAACCAAAUGAAUUGGAAGAAAGGUGCAGCUCAGCUGCUGUGUAGUGUCAAGAAAUCUACGGACAAGUUUGAUAACGAUGCUUAUCACCGCACAACGAUACAUAAUCUACCCGAUGAUAUUCUCCUGGAAAUCUUCUCCUACCUGAGCAUCGAUUACUGCCAAACGGCCUCACUGGUGUGCCGUCGCUGGGACGUUCUAGCCUUCGGAACCAACCGCGUUCAACUCAACGUGACCAUUCUCAACAAGAAUCGUUCCAUGGAGAAAUCGUACCGUCGAUCGCUGUCCAGAAGCAAACGACCCUACCGACAUUUGAAGCUUGUCGACUGUCGACAUUCGUUGGUAUUACAAGUUUUGGCCAAAUUUACAUCAAAUUUGAACUCGCUAACGCUCAGCUGUGAUGUCAAGCUGGAGCAUCUGGCUGAGAUUGUCCAACUCUGUCCAAACAUCCGAUCGUUGGAUGUCAAGUUCAGCAACUUUGAGCAGAUAUCCCAGAAGACAGUAGUGUUACGCCCGCUGGUCAACCUGGAGAUCCUUAAAGUGGACAUAGGCUUCUUAAAUCUGCCAGGCAUCAACCUGUCUCAACUAGCUCCAAACGUCACCUCCCUAACGAUCGUGUACAGCGAAGAUCUGGCCGUCCCAGCACCCGUACUUGAUCAUUACGGUCCACGAUUAAGAGAACUGAUUCUGUUGGUAAACUUGUGCCUAAAACGUGGAACCAAAAUCCACAACGUUUGGCAGACCAAAUUCCCACUUCUCCAGCGAUUCGAGUGCCACUUGGGACGCCACGACGGCUCGGAUGAUCCGUACGACCCAAUUACGGACAUGGACAGGAUUCUUGAGCACUGCGAACAUCUGCACGUGGCCAAGUUCUACAGAGUCACGUACCUGCCACGGCUUACGCUCAAGUUGAGCCAACUGUGUACCAACUUGCGGGAGUUGUCCCUCGGUAUGAUCCGGGUUACCGCGCAACACUUUGUCCACAUCUGUCAGCUGCAGCAGCUCAAGUAUCUCCACAUCGAAGAAUCUACCGUGGAAACUCCCAACUUCCAGUGUUACCAAGUGCUGGACAGCUUGACGGAGCUAUCGCUCCAUGCCGCCAACUUCGACAACAGCUACCAGUUCAACGACUUUGUCCGGCAUGCCUUUCCAGCACUGUCCAGCUUCCGGGUGCACAACUGUCGCGAUUCGUACUACAUUGCCGAGGUCAAGUUCUGGGGUCUGCAACUGCUCGAGCAGCUAUCGGUGCGAGAGAUUCAACCAAUCUGCUGGGAAUUCAUCGUGAACCUGUCCUCCCUCCCGCUCCUGAAAACCGUCACCCUAAUCUGCAGCAACUUCCCCGAGUACACUCUUGACCACGUCCCGCAUGUCGUAUCCACCAGCAUCCAAUCGCUUUCCAUCCUGGCGGAACUGACGGACGACGACCUGUGCCGGCUGGUAUGCUUCUUCUCGAACCUUCGGCUGCUCAAGUUACGCAACCUAACCGGAUGUACGGCGGACGGCAUCCGGAAGGCGCAAAAGCUGGUGCCGGAAUGCCUCUUUGAAGUGCCAGCGAAAUUUUGAUCACGUUGCCGUUCGGGAAUAAUCUAGAGCUUGAAAUGUUUCAUAGGUGAAAUAUUUCAAGCAAUUUUUUGUAAGUGAAUGCAAGUUCACGCGUUCAUCGACCGGCUUCGGAUCAAUGUAAACGGAAAGCAUCACCAAUACUUGUGCAAUGAAAGAGCUUGCGAACAAAACGUAAACAAAACAAAUUUUGCUGCAUGGGUUCUGAGCAGUAAGGAGUUCAUCCGAACACGUGCUCGGAUAUUUAAACUUUUGAGAAGAUGAAUUUA